AUACACAAUAAUUCUCUCUUUAUAUCUACCGUACCGGGUAGCUGGCUGAGGUUGAAGUGCAUUGGUUAUUGCGAUUCGACAUCGAAAAUAAAAGACUUUUGAAAAUAUUUUGUGGAGCUUGAAUAAAUUCAGUUAGACUGACAUCAUGCCUCGAGGUGCCCCUAGAUCUGCGAGCCGUCGCUCAGACAUCAGCGAUGUCGAUGCUGAUCAACAGUUAGCUGAAUCUGAGCUGAGUAAGCUUCAGCGGCAGUACCGUAUCAUGGAAGGCGAUCGCAAUGCUUACAACAUUGAAUCCCAAGACCUUAUUAGGCGCCAACUUAAUGAGAUCACGACCUUGGAAGCCGAGAAAGAGGAGUUGAUGAAAGAUUUCAAAUUGUCCGACAGUCAGACCAACCAGUCAAGAGAUGGAGGCAACGUUGAUAAGCUUAAUGCCCUUCUGGAUGAAAGAGAUAAUUUCAUGCAGCAGGUGAAGGACGAGAAGGAUAAGCAGGCGGAACUGGACACCAAGAUCCGCAAGAAAGAGAAGGAGAUUCGUGAGCAGCACAAGUGCAUGGGAGGUGUGCAUGCGAGUCAACAUCAUACACAGAAAACCAUCAAAGCUAUCAGAGUCAAGGAAAACAGGUUACACCAGGCCAAUGAGAAGUUCAAUGCCAUGCUGACAGAAAAUGCUAGCCUUCGCGAGGAGAUUGACAGCUUUAGAGUGGAGCGUACUCGGUAUGAAAACAUCCGCAAGAAACUUGACAAGGAAAAGUCUGACUUGAGACAGGAGAUUGGUGAGGUGAUUGACCAGUCGACCCAGGCCUACGACUCCAGGGACGAAGCCCAGGCCAAGAUGAUCCUCCUCAAGGAGAAAGCCGAUAAGGACAUGGCCCAGCAUCAGCAGGAGAUGAAGGAGCUCCAGCGGAUCAUCGACCACGACAAGAAGCUCCGGGAGUUCAUGAACAUCAAGGGCAAGGAAAGGGAGGAGGAUGACUACCUGAAGGCAUGGAGACAGAAGAAGGAAAUGGAAGCUGCAGACAAGCGUCGUCGUGAGCGACAGGAAGAUUCUAUCGAGGCGUAUGAGGCUGCCUUUGAGCGCAUCUCAGAGAUCACCAAGGAGGAGGACCUGGCUCUCUUGGUCAAGAAGUUCAUCGAGACGGAGGACAGGAACUUUGCUCUCUUCAACUUUGUCAAUGAGAAGAACAACGAGAUGGAGAUGCUUUCGGACCAGAUUGAAGAGAUUAAGGCGGAGAUGCGUGAGUUUGAGCACCAGGGAUCUGAGAUGGAAGCCGAGCGCAAGGCAAUCUUGAAGGACCUAGAGGAGAGGCAGGUUGCUGCCACCAAGAAUGCCGAUGAAAAUGAUGCCAAGGCCAAGAGCGUUAACAAGAUCUUAGACCAGCUCAAAGGAGGCGUGAACUCACUAUUCACCAAGACAAACUGUGACAGUUCAAUGAUCACCAGUAUGCUCGGCAGUGCUGCGGGAGUGACUGACGAUACCAUCAUGCAGUAUCUGGGGUUGGUUGAACAGAGGACCAAUGAACUCCUCACUGUCAGCAUCUACCAAGAUGGCAAGAAUGCAGAUCAGGUUGAGUCCAAGGUACCAGGCCUUCUUGGUAAGGGCCCCAUCGCAGCACCCGCUCAGCUCAACAUUCUACCACCCUCUACAGGAGACGAGUAUGACAGCGAUCAAGGAUCUGAAAUGAGCGACGAUGAUAAUAGACCGCUCACGCAAAAUGAACUCAAGCAGAAGAUCAUGAAAGGGGUUUUGAAGCGAGAGGAAGCCGCAAAGAAGAAGGGCUUUCAGUACGACCUGUCAGGAGCCAAGGAGUUAAAGCAGAAACAAGCCAUCCCAGACAAGAAGAGAGGAACCAAACAUUAAGAGUAUAGUUUGUAUGAAACAUGAAUACGAAGAAGAUUUAUAUAUUGUACACUUAUGGGGCAUUGCAAGAAACUUGCGAUCAAUUGCAAGUCUACUUUUGGCCCCUAAAUCAAUCACAUGUCUAACCUUUAAUUGUAAAUAUGUGAUUGAUUGCUGAACUGAUGCAACAAGGAGUGUAAUCUGAUUUUUUUAGAGCUAAGAUUGAUCUAUUGAUUGUGAAAUUGCAACAGAAAAUUUGCGAUCGAUCGCAAAUAUUUUCUUGCAACACCCCUUAGUCUACGAGCUGAUGGUCUAAUUCUGAGAUCGCCUAAAGACCUCGGCAUGUCUUACGACUGGUCCGCAAUCCAAUUUUGGAGCAAAUUGCAUUUUGCAUAUUCCAAAGUCGGGUCGCAGACCAAUCGUAAGGUGUACGAUGGCCUUAAGACUAUCAUGGCUAACCCUAGUCCCUUUAUUUUCAAUUUUGGUCUAAUUGAACCGUAUCACUUGUCAUUAAGUCUAAUGCCUAAAAUGGUCUAAUUUUCAUCUCGUCUACUAAUUAUUUUGCGCCUUGUCUGAAGACAUGCUGGGUUCAUGAACAAGUUCGUCUGAUCAUACAGAUUCAUGGAGUGUUGGAAGAAACUUGCAAAUCAGUUUUGGAUGCCAAAACGAAUCAUAACUCGUGGACUUAAGGGCAAGUUUGCACUCAAUUGCUUGGGUCUGCUUUUUUUAAACAAGUAGUUGAAUUUGAUUUACUCUAUCACUUGUACAUUUGCAACAAAUGUUUGCAGUUUGUAUCAAAUAUUUUCUUUCAACACACCAUAAGUGAUGUUAGACCAAGUGGAUGUAAGACAAAAUGGGUGUACCCUUUAAUACUGGAAAUGAGAAAAAUUGGUAUAGGCUAAAUGGCAAUAGACCAGUUCGUAGUUACUUCAUGGACAAAUGACCUUUCAUUUCUUUCAUUAUGAUAGGCAGAUUUCAAAGCAAGAUAUUACGUAAGCGUGCCUUACAUAGCAGUAUGAAGAAAUUGAAUAGACCAGUUGACUAGAAUAGCACACCAAUGAACACUUUAUGAAGGUAUUUGUUGCAUUCCUACUUUGAAUGCAUAUCAUAGCAUGUUGCGCAAUAUACUUGGCAAACUGUGGACGCAUGGUUGUUUCUUGUGGAUGUAAAUGAAAAACACAAUUCAAAGGAAUAUAUGAAUAAUCAAGACAUCAAAGUUGGUGCUUAUCUCAUUAGAUUUUAAACCACCAUGUCACUUUAGUACAAGUGACCUUCCUCUGAUCAUGCGCAGAAAGGAACUACGAACUGGCUUAUUAGACCAAACGGUUGGGUAGACAAACUAGGACUAGGCAAUGAGGGAUGAGAUGAAAUGGAAAGUAGACAAAAGUGGGAGUAGACCAAGUGGCAAUUUACCUUUUUAGAUAAUAUAUUUAAAGGGGAAUGAAACCUUUGGAACAAGCAGGAUUGUGUUGAAAUAGAAAAAUCAAAGAAUAAGAACAAAGAAAGUUUGAGAAAGAUCAAACAAAUAAUGAGAAAGUUAUGAGCAUUUGAAUAUUGCAAUCACUAAUGCUAUGGAGAUCCUCCUAUUGGCAAUGCGACAAGGAUGUGUGAUGUCACAUGUGAACAACUUUCCCUUUGAUGGACUGUAAAAUACCCCCAAAAUGUCUGCUUUUUUCUAUGGUGAUGCAAACUCUUUAUCCAUGAUUUAUUCUUUAAAAAUCUGUAUUACAUGCCCUCCUAUAGAAAGAACACGUGAUCUACUGAUAGAUGUGAUAAAAGAGGCAGUUUAAGUGAAAUAUAUUCUAAAGUAAUGGGGAGAGUUGUUCACAAGUGACAUCACACAUCUUUGUCGCAUUGCCAAUGUGAGGAUCUUCAUAGCAUUAGUGAUUGCAAUAUUCAAAUGCUCAUAACUUUCUCGAUUAUUUGUCAGAUUUUUCUCAAACUUUCGUUGAUCUGUUUCUUUGAUUUUUCUGUUUUCAAACAAGCUAUCUUGUUCUAAAGGUUUCACAAAGAGUUAAUCGAGACUCGACCAUAAAAUAAUAAUAAUAUGCAACAUUUAUAUAGAGCUUAAUGUGUUUCUAAGCGCUGCAUACAAUGUACUAUUACCCUGGCUUUAGCACAGCUACCCUGAUAGGACGCUCGAGCAUUCAAGGAAUUCCAUCCUACGGGGUACCCAUUUACUACACCUGGGUGGAGAGUGGCAAAUGUAGAUAAACGCCUUGCCAAAGGAUGCGAGUGCUGCGGUGGGGUUGUGGAUCUUGUGGUUCAAAGUCCGUUGAGCCACAACACCUCUACAUAAAAGACAUAAGUGAUUCAGCCCCACCCCCCUCCCACUUGCACGGGCCAGUCUCACAAAGAUUUGCAAAAGAUUCAAAUUGGGAUCGAUCUCAAGUUGUGUAAGGAAGAGAUAGUAUUUGAGAUCAACUCAAUUUGGGAUUAAUUUGAAUUUAUAUGUUGCAAAUCUUUGUGUAACUGCCCCAAAAUCCAAUAAAAAAACCCAGAUUUUUAAGACACUCUAUCAAAAGUCAGAGCCACGUACGUCUUUCUUGCAGGAAUCCUGAAAAUAGUGUAGUAGGUUUCAUAGUACACCAUGUAUCUUUAUUGGGCAUGUGUUGGUCUUGAAAAGGACCACCCAAUCACGACGAUUCGACAAGUGUGUUCUUGUCGUCUUCACAAGUUCUCCUGAAGACGACAAGAACACACUUGUCGAAACGUCGAGAUUGGGUGGUCAGGACCAACACUUGCCCGAGAAAGAUACUUGGUGUACUGUGAAACCUACUACACUAUUCUUCUUCGCCAUGGAAACCUUCAGAAGUUCAAUCCUGCAAGCAGUUUUUCAUUUUAAAUCACCACAGUCACCAUAGACAAAAUAUUGGAGACUGCAGGAAAUCUGCAAUGAAGAGACGCAAAGCACAUUAAUAACGAGAUUCCCGCUGAAAGACUAAGUACAGGCUUCCUUUGUCAAGUUGCUUUUUUUUUGUCUUUCCAUGAUUAUAAUUAAGAUGUAUAAGAUGUACAUGUAGUUACCCUUAGCCUUUGUUCAUAACAACAAAUCCUUCAGCUUUGUAAUUAAAACAUAACAAACUAUGGUUCAAGAAUUGUAUUUUCUAAAUUACAUAAUUUUUUCUUAUGCAUAAAUGUAUGUAAAAAUAUUUAUAUCAUUGUUCAAAAGAGAAAUUUCUUACUCAUUUUUGUUUGAUUAUGUAUUCCAUUUUUGCUUUUAUCAUGAUUACUUUUGUACAAAACUUUAUGACUGUGUUUGAAUUGACAUUUUAAGAAUGUUUGAAUUGUUGAAAUCAUUUCAUCACCAAAUUCAUGUGUUAUUAAAAAGUUGUACAUACCAUA